GGGAGUGGGUCUGGUUUACCCGAAGUCCGAGCCUCCUGCCGGCCCAGGAGCGCAAGGGGCGUAGUGCCGAGGCAGACGGGGUCGUAAGCCCUCCAGCAGAGUGACAGCCUCGCAGCUGCAUGUGUUUCUUCUCUGUCGGUCCCCGGCUUGUACGGACGAGGCGUCAUUGUCACAGCAGAGUAACCCCCGCAUCCCCCAAGGUCGGGCGUCCUCAGACCGCUGCUGUGCUGUUAAGAACAAGAUCUUCGGAAUUGACAUCAGUUUCUGGUGAUAUUUAACUCUGCCAUCUUGAACACUGUUUUCAUAAUGGAGUUUCCUGAUUUGGGGAAGCAUUGUUCAGAAAAAACUUGCAAGCAGCUAGAUUUUCUUCCACUGAAAUGUGAUGUAUGUCAACAAGAUUUCUGUAAAGAUCAUUAUACAUAUGCUGCACAUAAAUGUCCCUUUGCAUUCAAGAAGGAUGUUCAGGUCCCGGUAUGCCCGCUUUGUAACAUCCCCAUCCCAAUAAAAAAGGGAGAAAUACCAGAUGUGGUGGUUGGUGAGCACAUUGACAGAGACUGUAAAUAUCAUCCUGGGAAGAAUAAAGAGAAGGUUUUUACAUACCGGUGCUCAAAAGAGGGAUGUAAGAAGAAAGAGAUGCUACAGGUGCCUUGUGUCCAGUGUCAUGGAAAUUUCUGUAUUCAGCACAGACAUCCUCUGGACCACAGCUGCAAACAUGAUAGCCGCCCCACCAGCAAAUCCGGGUGUUCAGCAACAAGAGCUUCUGAAUCUAAGCCAUCGGGAGCUUUGAACACCUUGUCUUCCAGUUGGCUGGCCAAACGAUUCAGGUGGUAAGAAAAGAGAUGACAUCACUUUAUCUGUUAUUCAAGCUGGCACAUUGGCUUACUUUUGUGUAUUAUUUUAAAUUUGUAGAUAACAUUUAUGCUCUAAUACUUUCAUAGUUCUCGUGGCAAACGGUCUGAAUCUUUAUUGAAACUUUUAAUAAAAUAUACAAGUUCUUUGGCAAAAUCAGAAGGAUAUUAAGUGAUACUCCAAGGUAGAUUAAGUUACUACAACAAUGAAAUAAAAUAAAAAGGCUUAAAGAGCAAAGGAUCCGAGUGAGUGAGCCAAAUUGCAGGACAGCCCUGUCUUGGGCUAAGUCAGUCAAGGAACUGGUCUUCUGGAACUUUCUAUCACUUAAACCGUAUAACUGACUGUAGCUCCAUCUUUACCAUGUGGCUUCUGUAAUGAUAUGGCCUUCUGAUCAAAGGGAGGGAGGAAGGACCUCUGCCUGCCUUGUCCUCCACUCACAUUCCCUGAGAGAACACAGCCAUGUGACCAUUUCUGACUUCAGGGGUCUGGUAUUCCCUUCUAUGAAGGAAGGACAUUUGUUUUGGUGGACUAUUAGUUGCUGACCCUGCCGCAGCCGACUUCUUAAACACAAUUUUUAGUAACAAGCUAGUCAGUUAGACAUCCUAAUUUGUACGUGGACAACACUGAGAAGAAAGUCACAAAAUGCCAGCUGUUCAAGACAAAGCUCUGUCUGGUGUUGAAGUUACAUAAACUUCCAGAAGUGACUUAAAACUAUAAUAGCAGAAAGAGGGCUUCCUUGACUACUGGAGGUUAUGGGGGUCUGGGUAUUAAUAGUUUUGAAGAGCAGAAUGCCCAAACAGAAGUGGGUGGGGCGAAGGAUAAACAGGUGUGUGGUCCACAGUCAUUCACAGUUUAGAUGAUGAACAAAUACACCCUUCGCAGCCUGAUGCUGUUUUUUCUGCUGGCCAUGACUUCAUGCAGUGAUGAACAUGUAGUUCAUUAUAAUGUGUAUAUCAGCAUUAGAUUUGUGCUGGCAGCCUUGAUACAUGUUGAUAGCACUCAUUUCCUGGGACCUUGGUGUCAGGAAGUAAGGUGAAACAAAAUGCCAUCCGAGUUCGGUCCUGAUAGUCAAGGAUUACCUUCUAGUAAUCCAAACAUCCCAUUGAGACAGUUUACUGCACCUGGAUUAAUAAAAAUCCAAACAGUUUCUUGUUUUUCUGGUUCCAUACUUUCAAAAUAUAACGGGGCAGGGUUUGUAUUCAGUUUGCAUUCUGUAAAUAAGUGAUCAAAACUAUUUCUUCACUGUCUUUUUUUUUUU